UAUAAAACCGGCUAGUGCGGGCUGAUGGGAGAACGCUCCGAGAACAGCUGGUGGUGGAGAGGAAACGGUGCGAGCCGGUAACGCAGGAUAGUAGGCUAGUAGUCACACAGGAAGCUAUGGGGCGUCUAACGCAGAUUGUAGACUUUCUGAAGAAGCAGAUCGGGGUUUCGUCCAAUCAGCUCCUUAAGUGUGUCCUGCUGAACAGUGCAAUUGAACUCUUCAGUUACAUUGAUGCCCCCACCUAUUCUGGUUCAGUAUAUCAAUACCAUGAUUGGAAUAUUGAAGACUUGGAUCACUUGUGCAGUAAGUUCUAUGAUACAGGACCAGUUACAAAACUCCCUGACGUCUUGAUCACAUCCUUGCCAUCAGAUGGGGUCACUGAACAGGCUGAUGUACUUAUAUCCAAAGAUACUGUUAAUUCAACACACAAACUGGAAACCGCUUUGCCAGUGUCAGAAACUCUGCAUUUGGUUUGUCCUGUGGACUUAUUGUUAGAGCUGCCAUUCUGUUUUGAAGAAGUAGCCACUACAGAAAAUAUAUAUCUAUUGUGUGCAUGUGAUCUUCAAGUCUUACCAGCCAUCACAGUGCUAAACUGUAGCACUACUGGAAACAAGGAUGUAACGACUAAUGCCUAUGGUGUAACGGAUGACUUAAUUACAAGUGACAUCAUAAAUUUAAGUUCCUUACAGACGGAUGCAUUUUUUGGCUCGUUUAACAAUGAAGACGAAAUGGAAGAUAAAAGUGUCUUCUGGGAUAGCUAUGAUAUGCAUGUAUCAAGGAGUCCUUUUAAUUGUCAAUAUACAAAUAUGCCAGGGGGAUGGAACUCUCAAACCAAAGAGAUCUGUACAUUUGAAGAUGCACGCAUUAUGGGUGAUGAAGCAGCAGCUUCUUUAGAAGAUUUGGACAAUUGGCUAUAUGCUGAACUGUAUCCCACGACUGACGAAACAGACUUAUGCUACCAGGUAACACUAAAGCAUGCUGAGGAUGCUCGAGAAGAACCAGUGUCUUCUACUCCAUACACCAAGAAAACCAGAUCCAGAAACGCAAGUUCAUCUCAACUGAGGUGAAAUGGACUUCUGAGCUAACGCCAUCAAUGGGAGCCAGUAUCGGUGAAGGGGAGAUAUUUAUUAAAGGAUGACGGCAGGAAAAGAAGUUUGCUGCUUUUUAUUCUGGUUUUUACUACUUGUAAUGCCAAACUGGUCUUUCAAAACUUUCAUUAACUUGCCAUUCAUAUGAAGUCAUGAAAAUGAAUUGCCAUAACACUAUUAGCACUAUUUUAAUGUUUGUCUUUAUCACGGACUAGCUAUAACACAAACAACUAUUUGUUUUUUUUAUCACUAAUUUGAAAUGCACUAAUGUUCAGUUGGCACAAAUUUUGCAUUAUCACGAAUUUUAAAAUGUCUCACAUUUUAUUUACUUUCUCACUUGUCUUUUAAACCUAUUUUUAGCUUCUUCCACAAUGUUUUUUUUGUCAUCCUGUUUGCUUCAGUAGAAAAAUGAGAUGAAAGUAUUGAAUUUAAAAUGACUUAGCAAUGUAGUCGGCCUUCUCUGGGAGCUAUAGGUUUUUAAUAAAAUAUUUUAUCUUAA